UGUAUGCACACUUUGCUCCCAUCGCUAUAAAAAGCACAAAUAGAGGAGGUCGUUCUCUUCACCUGUUUUAGCCAUAGCUCGAGCUCACAGCCAUGAAGGUCUUCGCGACAUUUUUGCUAUUUCUCGGAGUCGCACUUGCGUGUGACAGCGACGAGUACGACUGUGGUGCCGGGAACGGCUACUGUAUCCCCGACAACUGGGAGUGCGACGGCUGGGACGACUGCUCAGACGGCGUCGAUGAGUCCAACUGCGGAGGUACCGGUCCCCAGGAACCUGACUGCGUUUUGGCCCACCAACGCCCAUGUGAUAAUGGCGGCUGUGUGCCUCUGAACUGGGUAUGUGACGGCAUGGACGACUGUGGUGACAACAGCGACGAGGAGAACUGCCCAGGCGUCGACCCAGGUCCACUGACCCCAACUCAAUGCUCUGGCACCCAGUUCGAGUGUGCGAACGGCCACUGCACCUACGCCUCGUGGGUUUGUGAUGGAGACAACGACUGUGGUGAUUGGAGUGACGAGCAGAGCUGUUCUGGUGGAAAUCCAGAUCCCGGAUGCCCCAGUGAUCGGUUCGAGUGCGACAAUGGCCGCUGUAUCCUGGCCCAUUGGGAGUGUGACGGCUAUGACGACUGCAGCGACAACAGUGACGAAGACCACUGCCCCGGCGGCGGCGGUAUCAACCCAGUUGUGAACCCCGAGACACCCUGUGGCGGGCAGCUGAAGGAAGAUGCUGGAGUCAUCACCCAUCUGAACUAUGACAACGGCAUGGACUGCGAAUGGGAGAUCUCCGUGUCCGAUGGCAACUACGUGUACAUGGAGUUCACUUCCUUUGAGCUGGAGUCCGCCAGCUCUAGCAGCGGUACCUGCAAUUAUGACCACGUGGAAAUCUAUGAUGGCCUUUCCAAUGACGCCCCUCUUCUGGCCAAACUGUGUGGAGAUGAGCUGCCCAAGCCGAUCCAAAGCACGGGGAACCGCGUGUCCGUCCAGUUUAAGAGUGACGUUAGCAUCACUAAGGACGGUUUUGAGAUGAGGUACUAUGCUGUAGCUAUCGAUGACGGCUCUGGGGAGGGCAGCGGCUCCAAUGUAGUGGACGCACGCGACCAGGACGCCUUCAUCUUCUAAGCAUUUACAAGGGUUUUGUCUUUCUCAUCAGCUAGGGAAACAACUGGAGAUUGUGAAAUAAAGGCAAAUAUCAUUUCAACU